AUGGAUAAUUCGGCUCAAGACAAAGUGAUACAAAAGUACGAAAACUCCAAAAAAUACCUGCAAUUGUUGGCUUCACUAAAGGAAAAGCUAACCGACAAACGCAUGGUAGAACUAUACGAGGAGGUACUCCAUGAUACGUUCAUCGAAACCUUGCGUAUGUCAUCGGACGAUAAAAUGUUGGACUACUUUGAACGAGAUGAGCUCUUUUCGCUUUAUAAAAAAUGUCGAAACAUAGCAGAUGAAGUGAAGAAUGAAUUGAAACUUAAAGCUGAAGCGAAGGUGUCUUCGGAUCUCCAAGGCCGCACAACAUCCAAUCUGGCCAUUUCGACGGUGACAGUCGCUCCAACAUGUGCAGCAAAGGACCCCGGUAGUGCCAAACCACCCGGGAAAUCGAUGUACAAGUUCUGUAAGAAACGGAUUGCCUUCCUCGCUCAGCUUCGCAGCAUCGUUACGUUCGAGAGCUGCUCGCAGAUGUCGAGAUCAGAACGCAUCCUGCGUCUCAUCGAAGAGUUUGAAACGGCCAUCGUUACCGCGAGAUUGAUCGCAGGUGAAGGCGAUGAGGAGGAUUACUCAUUGCUAGGAGAUGGAUUGCUAGUGUCGUUGGCGAUGAGCAAGCUUGACGAAGAUAGUCUGGCACAGCUGGUGCAGCAUAAGGAUCACACUAUCAUCCCAACCUGGUCGAUUUUCCGUGAGGAGCUGUUGCGUUUGACACAAAAUAGCGAUUCCCCGCACCACCAGAACCCUACUACCAUCCCGACUUAGGUGGAUUUUCGUGAGCAGCUUGCCAGUUUGAAGACAGUUAUAUAGUUUGAAGUUAUACGAAACGAAAUGAGCUACUGAAAUCACUGUACAAACCUUCUGGAAAGGGACUACCUAAGAUACUGGAUCGUACAUCACAAAAUGAAGCACUUCAGAAGUAGCAGUAGCAAAAUGUUGCUUACCUUUUGACUUUUAGUAUGAUCAACCUGUUGUUACUCGAAAAAUAAAAUCUUUCCUUUCAUUUUUUAA